AUGGCGCAAGCACAGCCUCUCCAAGGCAUCUCGAUACCUCGCUACGAGUCUCGCUCUGGCACCGCCUCGUCCUACAUUGUCUAUGCCGUCGUGAUUCAGCUCCCAGUUCGCUCAUGGACGGUCUAUCGACGCUACUCCGAGUUCGUUCGACUCGACAAGAACCUUGCUGCAUCUCCCAACGGUCCUGCCGCUACUGGCAGUGGAGAGCCAGGCGGAGCGGGUAGACCCCCACCUCGCACGCUCCCACCGAGGGAACGCGCACGAGAAUGGAAGAAGACUUUCUCCGGCUUCCUCUCCUUCGCAUCUGGUGAUCAGUCUGGAGACGGCUUCGACGACGAGGUGUGGCUGAAGGAGCGGAUGCAGUCGUUGGAAACGUAUCUCAAGGCGAUCGUGAUGGACGAGGAUGCGGGAUGGCGAGAAUCCGAGGCGUUCAAGAUGUUUAUCGAGUGGCCGAUGAGCAUUCGGAUGGUCACAGCGACCGCGUCGUCCUCGACAGCAUCACCACGAGUGCCACGGGUCACAGCUGCACAGCGCACACCGGGGAGCAUGCCAGGCGCCCUGCCUCCAGGUACAAGGACACUCGGCGCACCAGCACCAGCCGCGCCCAGACCACCAGCAGAAGAGACGGAUUCGACUCGCCCGCUCAACAACACCCAGCUCUUCCAGUCCCAGACAGACGCCAUGGACCAACAGGACGAACAGCUGCUCAACCUCGCCGCGAUUCUACGUAGACAACGGCAGAUGGGCGAAGCGAUCAACCAAGAGCUCGGCGAGCAGACCGAGUUGCUGAGUCAACUGGACUCCGAGGUGGAAGGCACGCAGGCUAAGCUCAGCAAGGCGGAUCAGAAGAUGGAUCAUUUUGACGGAGGGAAGGCCAAGCGCAAGGUGGGCAUCGGGCGAAAGUUCUGA